GGCGAAAAACGUCACUUCCGUUUUCGCGUGGUGUUGUCGAGAGGAGAAAGGACAACGAAAGCGUCCAUUUUCGCCAGAUUGCAAGUGUACAUGGGCGAUUCAGAUCAACAUUAGCGUUUUAUUAGAUCAUAAAGUGGUGUGUUUUGGAGUACACAGAGAGAUGUCGGACGAAUUGGUCAAGCAACUGAGUAGCUACAGAGCUCAGCUCCAGCAGGUGGAAGCAGCGCUCUCUACAGACCAAGAUAAUGAAGAUCUGCUAAAGUUACAGAAAGACCUUCAGGAGGUGAUCGAGUUGACAAAAGACUUGUUAACGUCUCAGCCAGCAGAGGGCAUAGCUAGCACCAACAGCUCAGAUGCUGUGCCAGCAAAACACAGCUGGAAAGUAGGAGAUCGGUGCAUGUCUGUGUGGAACCAGGAUGGACAGCUGUACGAGGCAGAGAUAGAGGAGAUCGACAGUGAGAACGGCACGGCUGCCAUCACCUUCACUGGCUAUGGAAAUGCCGAGGUGGUGCCUCUGCACGCGCUCAAAGCAGCUGAGCAGGCCAAAAGCAGCAAGGAGGAAGGGAGCAAACCCAAAUCCAAGAAGGAGAUGCAGGCAGAGCAACGGGAAUACAAGAAGAAAAAGGCACAGAAGAAAGUGCAGAGGAUGAAAGAGCUGGAACAGGAGCGAGAGGACCAGAAAUACAAAUGGCAGCAGUUCAACAAUAAAGCUUAUUCAAAGAACAAGAAGGGUCAAGUAAAACGCAGUAUAUUUGCCUCUCCGGAGAGCGUGAAUGGAAAAGUCGGUGUGGGUACGUGUGGAAUUGCAGAUAAACCCAUGACUCAGUAUAAUGACACGUCCAAAUACAACGUGAGGCAUUUGAUGCCACAGUAAGGUGUCUGUCUGUGCCCCACCCCACCCUGAAAGAACAGCUGGUGGAACAACCAACCUCGGUCUGGACACUGAACGGAUCCAGCGAAACGAUUCCACCACAUUUUUAUUUUGGGACAUGGAAAAGAUAUUAUUUUGAGAUAAUGAAAUUAGCUGUUGAUUGGAAUACGUAAGUUAUGAAGUACAAGACUGCAGCUCCAGUGCGUUACACCUCUAAGCUAUAACCUCGUAUUGACAUAACCUCCACUGGAAGACAAUUCAACCAGCUUGCUAUCCAGAGUAAGUUUGAGUUGUGUCAAA